GGUUCGUGUCCUUGGGAAAUCUGAAGCGGUUCUCCUCAAACCAAACAGAACUCAUAGGUUGCCAUGUUUAUGUUGCUUGCGUUUGGAUUGCUACUGCAAGAAAUCCUGGCUAAUUCCCAAGCUGACAAUCUUACUGAAUUUAGAAACAUUCCAGAAGAGCCAUUAUAUAGCUACAAAGCCAUCAACUUGCCAGAUGAGCAUAUCCCGUACUUUCUGCACAAUAAUCAGCAUAUUGCUGGCGUCUGUAAGCAGGACUCUCAUUGCCCAUAUAAAAAAUACUUGAAGAAACUAAGAUCCUGCUGGGGUUAUGAGAAAUCUUGCCAAUCAGAUUACAGGUUCAGUUACCCAGUGUGUGAUUAUGUUGAAACUGGAUGGGCAAGUGACAUUGAGACAGCCCAACAGAUAUUCUGGAAACAAGCUGACUUUGGUUACAUUCGAGAGAGGCUCAAUGAAAUGAAAACCCAUUGUAAACCUGCAGCAACAGGAGAUUCAUCUCUGACCUGUUCUCAGUACCUUCAGCAUUGCAGAGCAACAAACUUGUACAUUGAUUUACGAACUGUAAAGAGAAACCAUGACAGAUUCAAAGAAGACUUUCUCCAGAAGGGAGAAAUUGGAGGUCAUUGCACCCUCGAUGUUCAAGCAUUUUUGGCUGAAGGUCAACGCAAGAGCCCUCUGCAGUCUUGGUUUGCAGAACUCCAGACAUUUACUGCAUUAAACUUCAGGCCCCUAGAAGAUGGGAAGUGUGAUGUUGUUAUUGAAAAGCCAACGUACUUCAUGAAACUGGAUGCAGGUGUUAAUAUGUACCAUCACUUCUGUGACUUCGUCAAUCUUUAUAUUACGCAGCAUAUUAAUAAUUCCUUCAGUACCGAUGUCAACAUAGUCAUGUGGGACACCAGCUCAUAUGGCUAUGGUGACCUGUUCAGUGAGACGUGGAAGGCAUUUACUGAUUAUGAAAUAAUACACUUGAAAACCUUUGACUCUAAAAGGGUUUGCUUUAAAGAAGCAGUCUUCUCAUUACUGCCUCGAAUGCGAUACGGCCUGUUUUAUAACACACCAUUGAUCUCUGGCUGUCAUGGUACAGGGCUAUUUAGAGCAUUUUCUCAGCAUGUGUUACACAGAUUAAAUAUCACACAAGAAGGACCCAAGGAUGGGAAAAUUCGAGUCACGAUACUGGCACGCAGUACAGAUUAUCGGAAGAUAUUAAACCAGAAUGAGCUUGUGAAUGCUUUGAAAACAGUAUCAACACUGGAGGUCAAAGUGGUAGACUACAAAUACAAGGAACUUGAAUUUUCAGAGCAAUUGAGAAUUACCCACAACUCUGAUAUAUUCAUUGGGAUGCAUGGAGCUGGACUUACCCAUUUACUCUUUCUACCAGACUGGGCUGCUGUUUUUGAACUAUACAAUUGUGAGGAUGAACGUUGCUACCUGGAUUUGGCAAGGCUGAGAGGCAUUCACUACAUCACUUGGCGAAAAAGGAAUAAAGUAUUCCCACAAGAUCAGGGACACCACCCAACGCUGGGAGAACACCCAAAAUUCACAAACUACUCCUUUGAUGUGGAAGAAUUUAUGUACUUGGUGCUUCUGGCUGCAAAUCAUGUUUCACAGCAUUCCAAGUGGCCAUUUAGGGUAAAACAUGAUGAAUUCUAAAUUAGACUUCUGACUGAAAUACUAUUUUUAAAUAAUGCUCCAUAAAAAUAUUGUAACAACAUAAAGCAAAAUGCUGGUGUGAAACGCGUAAACCUCUACGAGGGAAGUAACCCAUUAUUAACUUGUCAAACCACUUCUUAGCACCAUACCUUAUCUUUAUAAUCCCUCUCUUUAAUUCUAGGAGGUUUUGAUAUGUAAAAACUGUUUUCCAGAACUCUUUUUGGUUUUUGCGCUGUAUUUUUGCAUUCCAAAUUCUGAAAUACUUGUCUUUUACAAAGAUAUGUCCAUCCAUUUCAUGUAGGAUUUUCCAGGGUAGAUACUAAUCUUGUAAUAAUUUAUGCCUACGAUUAUGUGAGGAAAUGCUAUAGGAUGGAGAAUGUUACGGCUUAGUUUCUCAGUGUAGUCCCUCUGGGAAUGAAACAGGCCUGUCGGAGCUCCUCUGUUCCUCUUUUUAAGAAGCCGGAUGCUUUUAUACUAUAGUCUUGUACCUGUAAGUAAAAAUCUGAAUAGGAAUUGCCUUCCUAUUGUAACACACUGCCCAGUAUGUCAUUUGCAGCUGAGCUACGUGCCGCCGUGGUUCCAGGAUGGCUGGUUAGUUCCUUUCUGUCACCAUCCAUGUCCUCGCUGUGCUUCUCCAUGUAUUGUUUCUAGGUUUGAAGACCUUCCUUUGUCACAUAGUGGUUGUAAGAGUGAAGUGGUUAAGCGAGCUUUAACUUUUGUUGUUUGAUUCAACAGGCACUGCAGACUUCAAUUUCAAGUUCAGAAACAGUUUCAGGUUCGAGGGAGUCUUAUGUUUUUACAUUUAAAU